UUCACUAUGAUUAAAUUAUAAGUAUAGGUAACCAAGUAUUUGGCCUUUUUAUAAUUGAACUGUAAAUUAAUUGUUACCUAAAUGUUUCUCUUCAAAAUUCUCUGUGUAUUUUCAAGUAUCAAAAUCAUUGAAAAUGUUUCGAAACAUUUUCAAACUGCGACUGAAAAAUACCAAACGUAUGAAAUUGAAGACAAUGUUAUAAACGAUGAUCAAGUGAAUGAAAUAUCACGAGACAAUGGUGACGACAGAAAACUCAAAAUGUACGCGGAACUUCAAUCGGCUUUGCAAAAUAUGAAUGCGGACCAAAAGUUUUUAUUUGAAGAUGCGCUUAACAAAUAUAUUGCAGGAAAUAUAACUGAAGAUGAAAUUAUCGAUUUGUUGCCUAACAUUCUAUUAAUUGAUGAAGAAUCCAGAGAAUUCUACAAACAACAUGAAAGAGAUAAAUACAAAUCUAAAAGUUGUUCGCGUAGAAAUGAUACUAAUAUAAUCGAAACAGACGAUCCUGAAUGCAGUAAAGAUGUUGCUUUAUAUCUCAAAGCAAACAUGAACAAACAUAGUUCAAUGUACACAAAAUAUUAUUACAAACCUAACAGCACUCCAAAAUCUAGACUCGGUGAAUACAGACUCGGUGAAAUAGAUGACGAAAUACAUACUACGUAUAGUAACGAAAUAGACACUACUUUUAUUACAAGAGAAGCAACGAUUCCAUUAAUAAUAGACUUGAUUAAAUCAUUUAAGAAUCAGAAAAUGUUAAAAACAACAAAAACAUAUAUCUACGAGUAUCCAUCAGAUACACCAACAGAUGAAAUCACAGAAGAUUCUUCAACUGAAGAAAUUAAACAAGACAACGAAGAGAAAAGACAUAUGAUUGAUGUAUUGACUCUUCUUAAUUUGUUAGAUAAUUUGACUAAUGAAUACACAGCACAGACUAUGCGAAGAUCGUGGAAUAAUAGGCCAACUCCAACAGCGCCACUAUGUCCGUAUACGAUCAGUUUCGGCACAUCUCCAAGAUAUAAAUAUCAAUAUCCAUACUUUGAACGAAAUCGUACAGGCACUCUAGUCAAUAUGUGUUACGUGUGCGGACUGGAAGAGGCACAAAUCCCCAUGAGCUCGCUUUGUGAAACCGCCUUUGAUCGGGAUGACUGGACAUAUAAGAAGUAUUCCUACAAAUUCAUAAAAUAUUGCCGCUACGAUCAGUAUACAAACAAUUACUGCGUCCAUACACGAGACAAGCGAUCGAUUUGGGGUCGAUGGACGGGAGGCUGCUCUAUGCGUAGGAUAGACAUCAGUGGCGUGUACACUCAGAGGUCAUGCAGGAACCGAGAGUGGCCAACUAGAGGACAUCACUUCGCCAGCCACAGAAUGGCCAGGCUCGAGUUUGUACUCAACGAUGUCAAAGACGGCUGCACUGUUAGUCCGGGCGCAUCUCUUGUGCCUCUUUCCCGAGGCAUCUCUCUUUACGCUCGCUUCAUUGCUUGCGUGUGUAGGGAAUCAUUGUGCAAUGCUGGUAUCUCAUAUAUGUUGUUUUCAUAUGUACGAUUAUUUGCUCAUAGCUUCACUCCUAUGAUACUUUUAGCUGCCACGUAGUGAUAUCACGGAAGGUAAUAAGGAAUAAGUGAUAUAAAUAUACUGAUUAGAGUACUUAGUUAUUAUGAAAUUAUCGGAAUUAUCACAACCAAGUUUUUGUAGAGUUCGUUUUGUUUUGCAUUACGUUGAUGUCUUUUGUGCUUCAGUUUUUGUCUUUGUUAUUUUAAAUUAUACUUCUACAUACGUUUUUGU